CGGAAGUUGUUCCGCGCGCAGGCGUAGUGGCGGUGUGCGGGAGGGGGGGGAGCGGGCAUUGCUUGCUGGCGUUGCAGGGUUAGCUGCACUCGGGCCGAGGAUGGCGGUGUCGUUGGGGCAGGUGAAGCUGGAGGAGGUGGUUAACGAGUCGGAGGUUUUCGAAAUUCUUCUCCCGGUCACUGUGUUUGUGCUGAGUGAUGAGGAGUUCCUCCAGGCCCAGGAGCAGGUGGCGAUGAUUCCGGAGCUGAGGGAGGAGCAGCAGGAGGCUGCUGGGAGCUGCUGCGUGUCUGAAGGCUGCCUGAGGCCAUCAGGUGGUAGUAAGGGUUUAAAUAUUUGGGAGGAACACAAUGGGACCAUAAAUCAGAAUGGCAGUAUGGAGUGCUCUGAAGAAGGAUGGAUCCCUGAGAGCAUGUGUAACAACUCAAAGUUAUCUAUAAGCAGUGGGAUAAGCAAGGAUGCACAGAGUCACAGUGCUGCUUUGCUGACGUCGCCAUAUCAAACAGAGCUGGCAAAGAUGAGUGAAGUGAAUGGCAGGAAAGCAUGUAAUGAUAAGGAUGCCAUUCCGAAGAUUCCACUCCUCUCUGCUACUGACAGUGAGGGUAGAGAUGAGACCACCGACACCUGUGGCCAGUUGGUGUUACCAGAAGCAUACAGAGAUGAAGAACUUGCCUGUGUUCUGGGUGUUCUUUCUGAUGAAAGCCAAGAGAAGCAAUCACAAGUACAUGAGGAGAUGGGGACAGCCCUUGAAGUGGAAGAUGCCGAUUCUUUGAAGAAUGGAGAUAAUGAAGCUAACAGCAAAACAAAUAAGGGAAGCAAAUCUGAAGAUGAAACUCUGAGUUCUGAUUUGCAGCGUGGUUUGAAAGAAGAACCAGAACUGGAUUUCGAUCAAUUUAUUCAUAGAUGUUGUACUUCAGAAGAAUUGCAAAAAGAUGUAGGGAAACUGGAGAUAAAUGCUUCUAUUUCUUCAGAAUCAGCUACUCCUGAAGAGCAUAUUUAUAAGUCAUUAACACCUGUUUUUAAGAAAAGAUGUCGGCAGCGACGUAUCAUUUCUCCUCAUGAAAGCCCAAAUGAAAUUCAAGGCCAGCAAGAAGAUUUAGCAUGGCUAAGUAAUAGCAUGAGCAUCAAACCUCUUCCAAAAGCAUGUUGUUCUGCAAAUAAGCAUGAUAAAAUCAAUUUCAAUUGCAAAUUUUGUAGUUCUGCAUAUAAAAGCUCUGCGCUUCUGAAGAGACACAUUUAUUCGGCUCAUAAAAAUAAAAAAAUACAUAAAUGCAGCUUUUGUAAAAAAACCUUCUUCUUUUCUGUCAACCUGAAGAACCACCUUAAGCUUCAUAAGAUGAAUAAGUUGCAAAAGGAAAGAAAAAAUAAAAUGAGUGCUAGAAGAGUUAGGCAAAGAACUGAAGAAAGAAAGUCGGAAAGAAAGAAAAAAGAAAGUAAAUAUGAGAAAUACUUCAUCAAAAUUGAAAGGGAUUUUACAUCUCUGGGUGUUCCAGUUAUUUUUUCCUGCAAACUUUGCUUUUUUGAUUCAUCAAACCCUAGGAUUUUUAUUCAUCACAUGAAGGCACAUAAAGAGAGACCACCUUACCAGUGUCCUCAGUGUGAUUACUCUUGCCCUACUUUAUCUUAUAUGUUAAAUCACAUGUAUUGGCAUGCUGGGUAUAAGCUGUACAAGUGCAAGUUCUGCACCUUUUUUUCACUGUAUUUUGCCAGCAUGGUUAGGCAUAGCUACAUGCACACGGGGCCGAAACCAUAUUCCUGUGAGUUCUGCCAAUCAGCAUUUACAAGCAUCCGUGGAUUAAAGAGGCACAGAAGAUUACACGUUAGUGAAGAAACAUGCAAAGUCAACUUUGGAAGUGGAAGAAAGAAAACUCGGAGACCUUCAAAGAAUUACACAUGUGAUGAAUGUAACGUACUUUUUUACACUAGAGGUCAUCUCAAUUUUCAUAAGAAAUGCCAUGAACAGCUCAAGGUGAGUGCUAAUGGCUAUGUGAAUCAGAGCAAUGAAUAUCUUAAAAGCAAAGGAUGCAAAAUUGAAAGUGAUUCCAAGGGCUGUGUUCCUGUACCUCUUUCUAAUGAAGAUGAUAGUCUCACUGGGGGAGUGUGUAAAACUCUAGCUUCAGAAAUAGACUUUGUGCAGGCAGGUGAUGUGCAGGACAGUAAGAAAAUGUGCUCUGGAAGGGCAUUUACCAAAAACAGCCACUUGAAGAACAUUUCACCUAUUUUUGGGAGUACAUCAGAAGUUCAGGAUUCAUACAGAGAGAACACUGUAGUUUACAAAGAAGACCCUUUCUUCAGUCCCGAAACCUCUCAUUCGCAAAUUGAAGACACUAAAAACAAUGCUGCAUAUUAUAAGUCCAGGGACGUGUGGCCUUCCAGUUUGUCUGUGUUCAAACUGUACAAGUGUAAACACUGUGAUUAUGCUACCGCUGUUCAUAGCAACUUUAAGCAGCACCUUAAAAUACAUACUGAUAAGGGACAGUUUGUGUGUCAGGAAUGCAAUAAGACUUUUAAAACUUCAAACCGUUUGCAGAGACACAGGCUGCUUCAUGCAAAUGAUCAAUAUGAAUUCAGCCAUUACUUCUAUGCAGAUAGCCACCUGGAGAAUCUUGGAUUGCAUCAUGAAAUGCAGUUAGGCACGUGUCCAGAAAGGGAUUUUGGCUCCUCACAGGGUUUCAGUGGAGUCUGUUCAAUGCUUGCUUCAGAAAUGUAUGGAGAACAGACAGAUACCAAGAGGGACAAAGAUGAUUUGCUAGCACAGAGUGAGCCGCGAUUCUAUCAGUGUGCAGAGUGUGAGUACUCUACUUACAUUUUAAGCAACCUCAGACUACACGUAAGGACUCACACAGGUGAGAAACCUUACAGCUGCAGUGUUUGCCAAAAGGAGUUUCGUACCUCCAGUCACUUGAAACGGCACCAAGUCCUGCAUUGCAAUACGGAGCAUCUCAAGUGCAGGAAGUGUGACUAUUCAACAAACAAAUGGCUGUCCUUAAAACAGCAUCUGGCUUCACAUGCUGUGAACGAAAGCUCAACUACUGGCUCUCUUUGUGAACAAAAGCCACUACCUGUCAAAAUAUACACAUGUGAAGAGUGUGGCUAUAUCACAGUUCACAAUGGAAACUUCAAGCAGCACCUGAGGAUUCACACAGGGGAGAAGCCAUUCAAGUGUGGGCAGUGUGGUGUUGCUUUCCGCACGUCCAGCCACCUGAAGCGCCACUUGCUGACUCAUGUAAAGUUUCACUGCAGAAAGUGUGAUUUUUCUGCAGUAGAUAAACGUGCUUUCCAAAAGCAUGUAAAAACGCAUAAAAAGAAAAAAAACAAAAGUGCAGCAAGUGUAAUGUGAUGUCCACUAAGAAGCUUUUAGAAAAUCAUAAGUAGCAAUAUAACUUUUAGAAUGUAAGCUUGGGAUUUGCAAGCUAAUGCUCAGUUCUAGAGAGCUUUGCAUGUCCCAGGUUUAUUUAUUUCUGUACAUUUCCUUGCUGUACCUAGAAAUGUGGCUGUUAGUGGACAAAGCCAGUGUUGUGGUCAAGAGUGCAAUUCAGAAUUCUGCUUUGCUCCAGGUUCUGCUGUGAACUUAUUUCUACUGAAGGCUGAGCUCAAGACGUGGGAAGCACCUCUUCAUACCUGCAUAGCUGAAAAGCUAUUCUGUAAGGUCAGAAUUAUGAAUUGGCCUGUGUUCAUCAGCAUAAACAGUUUUAUGCCACUUACUGUCAUGUUUAAAAACAAGUCUAACUGCAGGAAUGUUUAAAAGGAGGGAUGAAAUUUCACACUAUAUCGUAUGGUAAUCAUUUUUCAGUUAAGAAUUGUUAGUAUGAUUUGAAGCUUACUCCUAUCUGCUCUAAGUUGUGUUCCUUGCUGCCAGGUUCUCCUGUAAUACUUAACAAGAGAACAAGUUUGUAUCUCACAAAAUAGUAAUGUCAUCACUGGUUAAGUAUGCUGCGAAAGUAUUUUCUGUAUAUGUAUAAAUGUAAAAUGUUUUUUAGGUAGUUCAUUAUGUCUGUAGUUGCUCCUGAUAAUUCUUUGAGUAGUUUCACAGGAAUAGUAAUGUUUCCCUUAAUGAAAUAUUUUAUGGUACUGAAAAUCCUUAAGUUAAUCUUCACAAACUUCGUGGAGAUGUCUAAUGUUACUCUAGUGUGAAAUGCCUUGUCUUUUCUCAGGCUAGUAAUUACUGUACUCUAUGCUUCUUAAAAUACAUUAUGUCAUUCUGUUUGAAGAUCCUUUCUGCUGAUAUAAGUAUUUGCUGACAAUUUAAAUUGAAAACAGUAUCAUAGAAUCCUUAAAGUUGAUAAGACCUGUAAGAUUGUCUGGUCUGGUCUUUGAACAGUCAAACAUAGAUCGUUAAAAAGGUUGCUGUGCAUCUAGAAUACAUCUAAGGGACCACUUGUGGCAAACUGCAGUUGUAUCGCAUGGUAAAGAUUCAAACUUCAACUUCAUAUCAAAGUUGAGACAAAUUUUUGCAUGUUUUACAGUGAUGUUGUGCUUGAAAAUCUGGACAGCAGUGAAUGUAUGUUCAGUGGUAUUUAUGAAAGCACUAUUACCCUUUUGUGUGAGAAAAGAUAACUGCAAAGGAGUGGUGGUCAUUUUUCCUAAUGGUAAAGUCCAUCCCAUGAAACAGCAGAAUAAGCCUGUAGCUUAAUUUAGAGAAUUUAAACAUGAAAUUGCCAUUGCUUUUAUUAUUGCUCUCAAACUUAAGAUUUUCUUUAUAAGCACAGAUGAUCUUUUGCAGUGACUUUCUGGUAGUGCAGGAAAACAAUUUUCCAGGGGUGGAUGGAAGCGCAUGGAUUGGUGUUCUGACUAUAAGCUGGGGGCACACUUUGGAAGUGAGAGAACAAUGAAGAGCUUAAAAUGACUGAGCCAACCAGCUGACACAGUUGUGAGAAACAAUAUCCUAAUAGGGAUAAAUGGAGGUGUUCCUGGGAAGCAGGAACACUGUUGUACAGAUUUGGAGUUUUUUUUUACCUUGGUUCUGCUCAGGUGAAGAAAGCAUCGCAAGAACAGAUGUGAAGGACAAACAGAAGCAUUGAAGAGAAUUGGAAGCCCACAUAUAUGUAAGGCUAGGAAAGCUAAAUCUGGAGGAAAGUAACAUUUUAUAAGUAUGUUGUACAUACACGAAGGAUCCAAAUUUUUUAGAGUUUGUGAAGAGCAGUUUUGUUCAGUUGCAGAUGGGGGCAAGAAGAUAUUUGCAGGUGGAACUUAAGGUUGUCAAACAUCAUUAUUGUAGGUGGUUGCUGCUAAUAAGUAACAUCUGUUGUAAGUCUUGGGGCAGAAAUGAUUCUGUAUCUUCCACCUCAGAGACGUUUGGGGGCAUUUUUAAAAUAAAAACAUCUUCUGCUUUG